UGGUAUAUAAAAUAUGUUUGUAAUCGCGAUAAUACGGGAAAACUAGGGCACGUCCCACAAAUAUAUUCUAUGGCAAAUUAGCCCAUUCCCUCAGCAUUGGACCGGACGGCAGGGGAAGUUGAAAACAAGGUCUAACAUUGGAGUUUGAUUAAAGCGUCGGACAAUAUGGCUAUGGCAGAUGACCUAAAAAGGUAUCUUUAUAAGCAGUUGCCAAGUGUUGAAGGUCUUCAUGCCAUUGUAGUUUCUGACAGAGAUGGUGUUCCAGUAAUUAAAGUUGCUAACGACAAUGCUCCUGAGUAUGCGCUGAGACCUGGCUUCCUCUCCACCUUUGCACUGGCAACAGACCAAGGCAGUAAGCUUGGUCUCUCUAAAAACAAGAGUAUCAUCUGCUACUACAACACGUACCAGAUUGUGCAGUUCAAUCGAUUGCCCUUGGUCAUCAGCUUCAUAGCAAGCAGCAGUGCCAACACAGGAUUGAUUAUAAACUUGGAGAAAGAUCUUGUUCUGUUAUUUGAGGAGCUGCGCCAAGUCGUGGAAGUUUAAGAAUGGAUUCAGUGAAUCUUUAUAAUGCAUCAUGUAUUCACCAUGGUAUUCCAUUUUGUAUAUUUUUUUCUAGCAGUGUUCAUCUGCAGCAAUGAUAGUUUGCCUUGAACUGGGGCAGGAAAACUAAGAAUGUAAUUCCAAGGUUUAGAAUGGAUUAUAGCUGAACAUCCAGGGAUGGAAAUAAGACUCAUAUUGAAUAGCCAUUUCACCCAUUCCAGGUUUUAAUAUGAACUUGAUUAAACACAGUGUAAAGGUAACAAGAUCAGAUGUGUCUUCUUAAACUCAUCGUAAAACCAGGAGUGGCUCAAACUGCUAUGGGAGUCUUAUUUCCAUCCCAGACAUCGCACACACUUCAGCCUAAUUUUCCAGAUUUUAAAUUACUUAGAAUAAGGGUUGGAAACCUAUGUUACAAUGUAUAUACAUUUGUUGUACAAUGUUACUGUAGCAUACACAUUUUUAUGUUGGAUAUAUAUACCCUUGUUGCCCCUAAGUGUGCUCCCAGUGCCAUUGCAAAAAUAUAUAUUGUGACCUUAUUUUUUUCUAGCAGAUCAAUUUGAAUGGAAAUGUAACGGUAAACCUACUGUAGAUAAGUAGUUUCAUUCAACAUAACGAAAACAUUAACAUUUUGGUUUUGGACUGCAAGCUAGGAUACAUAUCAUAAACACUGGAAAAGUUGUCUAAUCAGAUAUUGUGGGAUACUUGGUAUACUUGCCUAUUAAGUUUAAUUCUGCAGAGUAUGUAUACCUGUAUAUAUUCAUAUAGAUUUUUGAGUCACAAUUGUGUUUAUUUUACUGUUUUAACUCGUACCAGUGAUGAAGAAAUAGUCAUUCUUCAGGGAGAAGCCACUUGUAUAUAAAAACACAGGAUUUAAUUUUUAGAAGCCCCUUGGCUCUUUAGCACUCUGGGUUGUCUCUGAACUCAAAGCAGGGGAAUGAGGAAACAGAGUAAAUGGUGUCAGACUCCGCUGAGCAGUAUACCAUAUUGUACAUUACACUGUACGAUGCAGAAAAGAAAAGAAGAAACACAUGUACAAUUGGACCCUCAGUAUUGCAGAUCAAAUGCAAGUUCAUUCUUCUGCUCCUGAGUGCAAUAAACCACUUCACCCUUAAAGCGUGUGCAUACAGUAGGUGGCAAAAACCACAGGAAGUAAGAACUUAAAAUGAGAUCUUGUCCCUAAGGUACCAGACCUACUUCACUAUUUCCAUCAGACACCAUAAAAAAAAAAUAAAAAGAAGCAUAUGGCCUCUCGGUAGAGCUUUUAUAUUAGUUGAGAUAUUCUGUUUUAGCAAUUUACAGAUUAUAUAUUUCAAAAGAUACUAAGUAUGCUCUUAAGACCGUGGAAAUGCAACAUGUCCAGCAUUUAUUUUUUACAUUACCAAUAAAAUUUCAACACAACACUGCUUAUACAUUCAGGGUCUAAACCAACACAAGAUGUUCAUAUCUUUUAUAUACAUAUCCAGAUCAACUAAAGGUAACUGGCUCAUAACUGUUUUUUUUAAAUGUUUAGCCAUUCAUUAAUUUAUGAAUCUAGAGUGGUUGCCCCAUGAACACAAAUAAUAAAUGUAAUUUUAUGUCAUGCCAAAAGCGACAUUCCAGAAAUGUAAUUGUAUAUUUUUCACUAUUAAUUUUCAUUUUAGGUACCAGCAGCUCUACAUGUAAAUAAGUUCACAUGGUAACAGGUUUGGUCAUAAAACUAAAACUACACAAUAUGCACUGAUAAAUUAAGACCUGUUGAGGUUUAGAGAUAAUUACAGUCUUUGUUUGUCCAAGCAUUACGUUUUCAAUCUGCUUAUUAUACCCCCCUUCUGAGCUACAAAUGUGGUCAUAGUUUAUUUUUGAAUGCCUCGGGUAUAUAAAAAAAAUGAAGAGGGUAUAGGAUAGUCAUAUGUGGUAAAUUCUUAGGUUUUAAUGAAGCCUGUUUUUUUCUUUUUUUUCUUUUUUUUUUUUCUUUUUUUUUUUUCUGCAGUGCUGUGGUAUGACUUUGUCAGGAGAAGCACUAUAUCAAUUCAAAUUGUAUUAUUUGAGAAGUUCUGCACCAGAGCAGAUAGGACCAUUCUGAUCAAUAAACUGAACUUAAAGGGGUAAUAACCAAGGCUGUAAAGAACAUAUUACCACCCAUUUGCGUGACAGCAUUCUCACAAGUCUCUUAUUGGUGUGCUGUUUAUCUUUGUGCUUUACAGAGUGUAUAUUCCGUAGUUCUAAAAGGAAACUGGGUAAUAAAGUUACACAAACAUUU